AUGGCAAUCCAGACAAGGAGCAGUAGCCAGCAGGCACCCCAAAAUCAAAAUCAGCCGUUGGAUCCAGUCAUUGAGGAGAUAAAUCAGCCUCAUACUCAGAUUGGAAACAACGUGGAUUACGAUCACGUCCAGGUCGAAGACGAUGUUUCGGACACCGCUUCCACACCAGCACCCCGAAAUAGGGGAAAUGCAGCAAAUGUAGCUCCAUUAAGGAGCAACCCACCCCAGCAUCCUGGCGAUCUGGCUGCACGCAUCGCUCAAUCGGCCGAUCCGGAUACUUGGCUGGCCAACAACGCAUUAAACACAAUUAUGGAACAAAUAGCAGCGUUGGAAACCCGCACAAACUUGCAACGGCAACAAGAUUUCAGGGCUAUCCGAGAAGAGAAUAACAGAGAGGACUUUGACUCGGCACGUUUACCGAAAUAUGAUGGAAGCCAAGAUCCGCAGGUGCACAUAGAUGCCUUUGACACAGAUAUGUAUAUUCGGGGAAUUGAUGAACCUCUCAUAUCCCGAAUAUUCGCUGUAAUAUUGACAGGGGCAGCGCAGGCAUGGUUUUCAACCUUGCCUGCUAAUUCUAUCGGAUCCUUCGAGGAGUUCGGACAGAAGUUCUUGCUGAAUUUCGCAACCAGCAAGAAGCAUCCCAAGUCCGAGUUCGCUCUUGGAAAGAUACGACAACAACUUAACCGGUUCAAGGAUGCUGCGCUGCAGGUUCCAGGAUUACAGGAGAAUGUCCAUGUUCAUCUCAUUGUUGCAGGUCUGGACGGCGGAUCCAGACUUUCCAAGUCGGUCUACAAGGACCCAGUAAAGACAUUGGAGGAGUUUAGAACUCGCUCGAAGAAAUACCUUGAACUAGAACAAAUGGAGAUUGCAAAUGCGCAAUCUGAUGAAGUCAACAGAACAAGCCCGAGAAGGAAGAGUCCACCCCCGAAGGGAAAAGAACGAGUUGACAGUAAGAAGAAAGACCAGCGCCAACGGAUCUCGGACAUGAGAGAACGCAUUGGAAGGUACGAUAAGUAUACGCCUUUGAAUGCGUUGCGCUCUCAAAUUUGGAGAGAAGUAGCCACGACGGAGAUGAAAAAGGUGGAGAGACCUUGUCCCAUAUUCGACAGAGGAGGAUUAGAUAAAUCCAAAUACUGUGCCUUUCACGAUGGGCCAGGUCACACCACUGAUCAGUGCUGGGAUCUCCGAGACGCGGUGGAAAAGUUUGUGAGAGACGGUAGAUUACGUCAGUAUGUGAUAAAAACUCAAGGUUCCAAGAAGAAUAAAAGGAAGCUGGGGAACAGGAACCGAAGCAAAAGCCCCGCUACUGAAAAGAAGAACAGGCAGGAUAAGAAUCAGAAAAAUGAUCCCAACUAUGAUGAAUUCCCUGAAGUGGAAUUUGAUUGUAAUGUGAUUAGUGGAGCAUUGGGAGGUGGAGGAGAUACUGUAAGUGCUAGAAGAAAGUACUUGAAAGAGGUACUCUCCAUUCGUGAUCAUCCCAAAUUCAAGGAAGACUCAACCAAGCCAGAUCCACCUCUGUUAUACUUUACGAAGGAAGACAUGCGCGGGGUGCUUCCCGGUCAUGUUGACGGACUGGUAAUCGCAGGGACCCUGGUAAACUGCCGGGUCAGGAAGAUUUUCGUAGACGCAGGAAGUUGCGCCGACAUCAUGCUCUGGGACACUUUUAAGAAGAUGAACCUGGAUGAAGAGGACCUCAAACCUUGCAGAACGACGUUGGUAGCCUUUAACGGAGAACAUACGCCUCCUAAAGGUUACAUUGAUCUCAGAUUAACCCUGGGAACAAAAGAAGCGUUCAGAUCAGAACGAGUUAGGUUCAUAGUGGCUGACUUCCCAUCAGAAUACAACAUCAUCCUGGGAAGGCCAACCAUACAUCAAUGA